AUGGCUUUCCGGGAGGAUGGCAACCACAGUGCAGUGACUGAAUUCCUUUUGUUAGGCUUAACAGAUGACCCAUUUCUUAGAGUUUUCCUCUUCACCAUCAUCCUGUGCAUCUACCUGGUGACUGUGUCUGGGAACCUCAGCACCAUCCUUCUCAUCAGAGUCUCUUCCCAGCUCCAUCACCCCAUGUACUUUUUUCUCAGCCACUUGGCUUCUGUUGACAUAGGAAUUUCAUCUUCUGUCACACCCAAUAUGCUUGUGAACUUUGUAGUGGAGAGAAAUACCAUCUCCUACCUUGGAUGUGGCAUACAGCUCAGCUUAGGUGAUAUCUUUGGAUCAGUUGAAUGUUUCCUUUUGGCUGCCAUGGCUUACGAUCGCUUCAUGGCAAUCUGCAACCCACUGCUUUAUUCCACCAAAAUGUCCACACAAGUCUGUGUUCACUUAGUUGUGGGAUCUUAUAUAGGAGGUCUUCUUAAUGCUUCCUUUGCUAUAGUAUCAUUUUUUUCUUUUCUAUUCUGUGGCUCAAAUAGAGUUGAACAUUUUUUCUGUGACUUUGCUCCUUUAGCUGAGCUGUCCUGUUCUGAUGUCGGUAGCUCUGUGCUUCUUGUUUCAUUUUCUGCUGGCUCAGUUACUAUGAUCACAGUAUUUGUCAUAGUCAUAUCCUAUUCCUAUAUCCUUAUCACCAUCCUAAAGAUGCGAUCCACUGAGGGUCGACAGAAGGCCUUCUCCACCUGUACCUCCCACCUCACAGCAGUCACUCUGUUUGGAACCAUCACAUUUAUAUAUGUGAUGCCCAAGUCCAGCUACUCUACUAACCAGAACAAGGUGGUGUCUGUUUUCUACAUGGUGGUGAUCCCCAUGUUGAACCCCCUCAUCUACAGCCUCAGAAAUAAUGAGAUUAAGGAUGCUCUGAAGAGACAGCUUGGUAAGAAAACACUUUCUUAA